AUGAACCACGGUGGCCCGAGGCUGCGAUUGGGAGAGCGAAGGGUGUCUCCAGAGUGUGCAGAGGUGUGCCAGUGCUCCCAGGAAAGAAGAGUCCACUGCGUCCCCUUGGGCUGUAAGGCCGGGGAGGUGUGCACCAUCCGCGGGGGCAGGAGAGGCUGCUUCACCGCCCAGGCCCUCUGCACCGUCACAGGCGGAGGGGCCCACCUCCUCAGCUUCGACGGCCGACCGGCCCGCCUCCGCGGGCACUGCACCCACACGCUGGCCGAGGUCUGCUACAAUGCCUCUGCCCCCUGGUUCCGAGUGACAGCGGAGAAGUGGCAGGAGGGCGAGAAGGCAGAGGGGGUCACCCGUGUCAGGGUCCAGCUGGUGGGCGCCGACUUCGUACUUGAGAGGGGAAGGCAGCCGACGAUGAAUGAAACACUCAUCUCUCCUCCUUUCAUCAUCCCCUCCGUCGCCAACCUAUCCAGUGUGGGUGAUGAUGUCAUAGCUGUCACAGCGUCCCAGCUGGAAGUGCGUUUCGACGGGGAGGGGAACAUCUUUGUGAGGGUGGGGCCGUCCUACGCCGGCUUCCUGCGUGGGAUGUGUGGCAACUGGAAUGACGAUCCUUCUGAUGACGAUCUGGAGCCUUCCAGAAACGGCAGCGAGCCCAGAUGUGAAGAUAACACCAACGUGACGGAACCUCGGUGCCCCCAGUCUCCCUCUUUUGAGUCCCAGUGCUCCAUCAUCCUCGACAUCGCGGGACCCUUCGCUGUUUGUCACCGUCGUCUGGACCCUGAGAACUAUUACAGGUCCUGUGUGUACGACCUGUGCCUCCAUGGCUCAAGUGGUGCACGGCUUUGCAGAGCCAUCACCUCUUACGAGAAAGGAUGCAUCCUCGAGGGAGUGCAUGUUCCCGCCUGGCGCAGUCCCAGAAUUUGCCGCGAUUUGUUCUACCCAUUUGGUACCAGUAGUGGCGAUAUCACCAAUCCGGUCAGCGAUGAUGGAAGCUCCCCAAACAUAUUCAUCUCAACAUGGUUCCCAUUCUUUGAAAGAUCCUACAACUCCUUGUAUGUCAACAACAACGGUGUCAUCUCCUUUGUCGUGCCUGUGAGCCAGUACACAUCUACUGCAUUCCCACUACCGGACGGGCGCGCCUUCAUUGCCCCGUUCUGGGCAGAUGUGGACAAUAGGCUGGGUGGCAACGUCUACUACCGCGAGAGUACCGAGGAAGCGUUACUGCAACGGGCCACGGCGGACGUCCGCAAGUACUCACCCGGAAUCGAAUUUCAAGCUCGCUGGGUGUUUGUGGCUACUUGGGAUAACGUUGCUUAUUAUGGCUCCCAGUCCUCCAAGGUGAACAGUUUCCAGGCGGUCCUGAUUACCGAUGGCUUACAAUCAUUUAUCAUCUUUAACUACGGGAAUAUUGAAUGGACCACCGGAGCAGCGAGCGGCGGCAACGCGUCGACCAGACUUGGCGGGACCCCAGCACAGGCUGGCUUCAACAGCGGGGACUCCCUGAACUUUUUCUCGAUUCCUGGGUCCCACACGCCAGAGAUAAUCGAUAUCGAGACAACCAGCAACGUGGACGAACCUGGUCGAUGGGUCUUCAGGGCGGAUACAUUCAAAGCACUCGAGGGUUGUAUAUAUAAUGGAAUGUACGUUCGGGAAAACGAGACAGUGUGGGUCAAUGGAAGCUGCCAAACCAAAUGUAAAUGUUCCUCGGAAGGGUUGUUAACGUGUGUUUCUGAACCGUGCGGCGCGGCAGAGAUCUGCGUUCCUGCUCCACCGUUCCACGCCUGCCGCCCAGUCUCGAUGAAGACCUGCGACGUUUACGGAGACCCCCACUAUUACACCUUCGACCAGAGGGUCAUCCACUUCCAGGGGACGUGCACCUAUGUCCUGUCCGAGCUGUGUGAUGGACUGUCUGACUUGACCUACUACAGGGUGGAGGGAGCGAACGAGAACCGCGGGAGCGUGGCCGUAUCGUUCGUGAGACUUGUCCGUCUCCUGGUCUACGGAACUGAAGUUAUUAUGCUCAAGGGGACUACCAACUACGUCCUGGUGAACGGGACCCGGAGUUCCGUCCCGGUCUUCCUCGAGGAUGGCCGACUCCAAGUCCGGACCGCCGGGUUCACUAUGAGGGCGACAGCGGACUUCGGACUGUCCGUGACCUACGAUGGCUCCCACCACGCCUCGAUCACCCUGCCAGGAACCUAUCACGGAGCCGUCUGUGGGAUGUGCGGGAAUAUGAACGGGGACCCCUCCGACGACUUGCGCACGCGCAGCGGGAACCUUACGACCUCGCCGGGGAUAUUCGGGGCCAGUUGGAGGGCGGAUGGCGAUGGCGGAGGUGACCUAUGCGGGGACACCUGCACAGAUGGGUGCGGAGACUGCACCGAGGCGGAGCGCUACUCGUUGCCGUCCUCCUGCGGCCUCCUCCGAGCCCAGAACGGCCCCUUCCGACAUUGCCAUGCCGCUAUCGACCCUCAGGAUUUCGAGCAGAGCUGCGUCUAUGACCUGUGCGCCACCGGCGGCCUGGAGGCCAGCCUCUGCCAGGCUCUCUCCAGCUAUGCCGAGGCGUGCCGCUCUGCUGGGAUGAGGCCAGAGCCCUGGAGGACCGAGACGUUCUGCGGCAUCCGGUGUCCGGCCAACAGUCACUAUGAGGCGUGUGGGAAUGUGUGCGACCGGGAUUGUGUCUUCAAUUCCUCCACUUUACACUGCAACGAGUCGUGCUCGGAAGGGUGUUUCUGUGAUCCGGGAUACUUCCGCGACGGGAGCGAAUGCGUCCCCCGGGAUCGCUGCGGCUGUUUACAUCACGGUGUCUACAUGAAGUUGGGAGAGCGAAGGGUGUCUCCAGAGUGUGCAGAGGUGUGCCAGUGCUCCCAGAAAAGAAGAGUCCACUGCGUCCCCUUGGGCUGUGGGGCCGGGGAGGUGUGCACCAUCCGCGGGGGCAGGAGGGGCUGCUUCACCGCCCAGGCCCUCUGCACCGUCACAGGUGGAGGGGCCCACCUCCUCAGCUUCGACGGCCGACCGGCCCGCCUCCGGGGUCACUGCACCCAUACGCUGGCCGAGGUGUGCUGCAAUGCCUCUGCCCCAUGGUUCCGAGUGACAGCGGAGAAGUGGCAGGAGGGCGAGGAGGCAGAGGGGGUCACCCGUGUCAGGGUCCAGCUGGUGGGCGCCGACUUCGUACUUGAGAGGGGAAGGCCGCCGACGAUAAAUGGGACACUAAUCCCUCUCCCGUUCACCAUCCCCGACGUCGCCGGCAUAUCCAGUGUGGGUGAUGAUGUCAUAGCAGUCACAGCGUCCCAGCUGGAAGUGCGUUUCGACGGGGAGGGGACCAUCUUUGUGAGGGUUGGUCCGUCCUACGCCGGCCUCCUGCGUGGGAUGUGUGGCAACUGGAAUGACGAUCCUUCUGAUGACGAUCUGGAGCCUUCUAGAAACGGCAGCGAGCCCAGAUGUGAAGAUAACACCAAUGUGACGGAACCUCGGUGCCCCCAGUCUCCCUCUUUUGAGUCCCAGUGCUCCAUCAUCCUCGACAUCGCGGGACCCUUCGCUGUUUGUCACCGUCGUCUGGACCCUGAGAACUAUUACAGGUCCUGUGUGUACGACCUGUGCCUCCAUGGCUCAAAUGAUAAACGGCUUUGCAGAGCCAUCACCACUUACGAGAAAGGAUGCAUCCUCGAGCGAGUGCAUGUUCCCGCCUGGCGCAAUCCUAGAAUUUGCCCGAUAACCAAUCCAUGCGGAGAUCAGGAAUGCACAGCGGAAGAGUGGUGUGGAGAGCGAGGAGGCAAUUACGGCUGCUUCUGUAAUACGACAACUAAUCUCGCCAGUCACCACGCUUAUGACUACAAGCUGACAUGCAGUGGUUACAACAGCAGCAUCUCAUUCGCACGCUGCCUUUUAUUCAGCGAUGGAUGGGCGGCUCAAUCUUUUCACCUGAAUGAUCCCAGCUGCAAGGCCCAGCUCAGCCACGGGAGGACUAUGUUCACUUUCAACAGCCAUCAAAGAUCCUGCGGCUCGAAGCUCAAGGCAAAUAGAACACACUUUAUACAUUCCAACACCGUCCAUGGAUAUAAUGGUGCAGAAAAUGGAAUUAUUAUAAGGAACCGGACACUAUCGAUAGAAUUCUCCUGCACAGCCCCGUUGACAAUUAAUGUGUCCAUGCCUUUGGGGAAAGUUGUGAUGAGCGUUGUAAACAUCGCAUUGCCUACUGGCAUCGAGCGCUUGGAAGCGACAAUGAUCAUGUACCGCGAUGCCCAGUACAGCCAGGCCUACACCGAGACACCCAUCUUCCUCGAAGUCGGGAGUAUGGUUUACAUCGGGAUUCACGUCCAGGACCUUGACGCUGACCAGUUUGUAGCGACACUGGAGAACUGUUGGUCCACUCCCAUAAGUGACCCGUCAUCACAGGUUAAAUGGGGACUUGUAACCAAUCAGUGCCCGAAUUCUGUCAGUGAGGUGGUGAUCGAAGAAAGCGGCGUCUCCCACAUCUGCCGAUUCAAAUUCUCAGCUUUUAAGUUUCAGGGCGAUGUGAAUGAUGUCUACGUGCAUUGUCAAAUUCAGCUGUGCAAUUUCCAAACGACCCAGUGCUCCCUGAAUUGUCCACGCCGGAGAGCCACUAGGAAUAGUGGAGGGACGAACCAAGCAGAAAUUUUCACCAUUGGCCCACUCACAAGGAUAAGUAAUACAGAUUUAAUGGUCGAUAACAAUGAUGCAAACUCAGGCUCUCCACUGAAGUCUGGCUUCCUUUUCCUCGCCUGCCUGUUCCUUCAACAUGUUCUACGAAUUUGAGCGCCCAUUUUCAGUUUUGCAAUCCAAUGUUAAGUCAACCUCGAUCAAUAAAACAAUCAGUUCCUU